GACAGGAGCGUGGUCCUCUCCGACUUUACUGGAAAGAUGAAACCCGAUGAAACUCCUAUGUUUGACCCAAGUUUGCUUAAAGAAGUGGACUGGAGUCAGAAUACAGCAAUAUUUUCUCCAGCCAUUUCUCCAACGCAUCCUGGAGAAGGCUUGGUUUUGAGGUCUCUUUGUACUUCAGACUUAAAUAAAGGUUUUUUUAAGGUAUUGGGUCAACUGACAGAGACUGGUGUCGUCAGCCCGGAGCAGUUCCUGAAGUCUUUUGAGCAUAUGAAGAAGUCUGGGGAUUACUAUGUUACGGUUGUGGAGGAUGUGACCCUAGGACAAAUUGUGGCUACAGCAACUCUGAUAAUAGAACAUAAAUUUAUCCAUUCAUAUGCUAAGAGAGGGAGAGUAGAAGAUGUCCUUGUUAGUGACGAGUGCAGAGGGAAGCAGCUCAGCAAACUGUUAUUAUCAACUCUUACUUUGCUAAGCAAGAAACUGAACUGUUACAAGAUCACCCUUGAAUGUCUACCACAAAAUGUCGGUUUCUACAAAAAGUUUGACUAUACAGUAUCUGAAGAAAAUUACAUGUGUCGGAGGUUUCUAAAGUAAAAACUACCAUCAAGAGGUUAAUGCUACAAGGCUUUACUGUUAGAGUUCAUUUUUGUUGCUGCAGCCCAGUAAGCUCCCUAACUACUGGACUGCAGUACGAUGUAGUAUGCCAGGGUAGUGACCCAGGAGGAUGCAGUGGCCGCUGGGAGUUCACAUUAUCAUAAAGGGGGAGGAUUUUUAACCAAAGGAAUAUAUUUUCAACUUGAAUCUUUUCUUGCAUUGUAUUUUUCUAAAGUUUGUCUUCAUUUCUUGGUAGUCAAGAGUAUGGGUAGUAAACAGUUAUGUCUGCUCUAUGCUGCUCAUUUUUAAAUAUAUGUAUAUAUAUAUUGAAUAAGGGUGUUUCUUACCAUAAAAUUAUUUUUGUCUCAUACAUCUAAAUAGACUUAA